AUGCGUUUCAACUUUCAGGCGUCAAACAAUGAAGCUGAAUAUGAAGCCUUGAUAUGCGGAAUCCAAAUGAGCAAAGCAGCUGGAGCAGCAAAGGUUCUGGUCCUAUCUGACUCACAGCUAAUUGUAAGUCAGGUAAAGGGAGAAUAUGAAGCCAAGGACGACGCCAUGAUAAAAUACUUGGAAAAAGUCCGCCAAGAAGUACAGCAGCUGAAUUGCUUUCAAAUACAACAUAUACCAUGGUCCGAAAACAGCAAGGCAGACGCCCUAUCCAAGUUGGCCAGCUCAGCAUCAUGCGACACACCACGUCAUGUAUUUUGGGAGGUAAAGCAGACCAAGAGCAUUGAUGCUUUGAGGACAACUAUCUUAGACCGGACGGCCACUUGGAUGGACGAUAUAGUCAAUUUUAAGAUGAAUGGGAUGCUCCCUGAAGAUCCCAAGCAGGCGGAAAGAUUACAAAAGAAAGGCACCUGGUUCGAGAUUUGGAAUGGGACUUUAUACAAAAAGGCUUUCUCACGGCCUCUUCUUCGCUGCGUAACCCCAGAGAAGGGGCAUGAAGUACUGGAGGAUCUCCAUCAGGGAUUAUGCAGCUCACACAUAGGGGGGAGGACCUUGGCAGAAAAAGCUCUAAGAACUGGAUAUUAUUGGCCCACUCUCAAAGAAGACGCUCUUGACUUGGUUAAGCGGUGUGAUAAAUGUCAACGGUUUGCUCAUCUAAUUCGACUACCGGCUCAGAAACUAACACCCAUCACCAGUCCUAUACCAUUUGCUAAAUGGAGGAUGGACCUAUUAGGCCCUUAUACGACGACCCCAGGGGGACUGCACUAUGUGAUAGUUGUUGUCGACUAUUUCACCAAAUGGGUAGAAGCUGAAGCCCUGAAAAACACCAAGGCACAGGACUCCAUUGUCUUUGAUAAUGGGCCACAAUUCAAGACACCUAAGUUGGAAAGUUGGUUGGCUGAUCACGGCGUCACGACAUGUUUUGCAUCAGUUGGCCGACCUCAAGCAAACAGACAGGUAGAAGCAUUCAACAAGAUCAUCUCUGAAGGGAUGAAAAAGAAGCUUGAUGAAGCAAAACGGUUGUGGGCCGACGAGUUACCCAAUGCCUUAUGGGAGUACAACAAAAGAGUCUCCAGAAGAAUCUUAAAGGUUGGAGAUUUUGUGCUAAGGAAGAUGGAGGCCGUUGGACGUGCUAAUGAACAAGGGAAGCUCACCCCUACCUGGGAAGGUCCAUACGAAGUCUAUGAAGAGGUUCAGGAUGGAACUUACCGAAUCCAAGAUAUGCAGGGGCGUCCAAUUUUACGUACUUGGAAUGCGGAUAACCUGAAGAAAUACUUUUUCUAA